UGGAUGCAUCAUGAAAGUCGUAUGAGGUGUGCUGUUGAUUAGGCAUGAUCGCUUCAAAGUUGCUGAACCGGCCACGAGAAGUUCAGUCCUAAAGCCGAUGCCCAAAUUUCUUCAGUCUCUCAACGCCAUUGGCGGUAAGAUCGGAGCUAUGACACGCCCUAUCCUUGGCUAUGCCAUGUACCCAUGACGGACAGGUGAAGGCUGUCUGCAGCCCUCACUGCGUACGAGAUGAAACACGAGUAGUAUAAUCUCGACUACAGGUUCCCUGCUUCCGUAUUUCUAACUACGACUAACUACGACGCUUUCCUGGUAUCCCAAGCGCAGUAAUGCACUGUCACUCCUCUCCAUCCAAAUCCUCGCCAUGUCUGAAUUGACGAAUGGAUUCUCCCAGGGAACCGUCCUCAAGGUCGCAUACUCCAUGCUUGGAUUGACCAGCUGUGUCGUCCUCGCGAGAGCCGGCCUCAGCAUUGUCAAGCCCAAACAGUUGACAGCAUCCGAUUUCCUCGUCUUUACUGCUUUCGCGUGCUACGCGAUCAUGUGUGCUCUCUACAUCGCUCUGUCGCCGUACAUGCAGAGGAUAUACGACGUUGCCAACGGCAAGAGACCGCCUUAUCCCGAGUUACAGUACGAGAUUGUCAAAAUGACCAAGAUGAUCUUCGCGGCUCCCUGUAUGUUCUGGAUGACACUCUGGUCUAUUAAGUUCUCGCUCCUGUGCCUGUAUCGCAGACUGCUCGUAGGUCUGCCAAGGCGUUACAGAGUCAUCUGGUGGAGCAUCGUUGGCGUUUGCCUCGUGACGUUCGCUGGAAACUAUGUCUUCUACUUCAGAUCUUGCGGCACCAUAUCAGGAUUUUGGACAGGCGGUUGUGCAGGUAAUGCAGCGAAAGACGCGCAGUUAGUUAGUCUCUACUACUCCUUCACGGUGGACACAGCCACAAAUAUCAUGGUCAUGGCUCUGCCCAUGAGUCUUACCUGGAAUCUGCAGAUGCCGCGCAGCAAGAAGAACGCCAUUCUCACGCUGUUCGGAACUGGUGUCAUCUGCAUACUAUUCGCCUGUCUCCGAGUCACACAAGUCGCUGUCAAUGCCGCCAAACCUGAGGCUGCAGGGCAACCACUGGACCCCACAUGGCUAGCUAUAUGGGGCAUGGUAGAAUGUUCUAUCGCGGUCAUCAUCGGCUGUUGUCCAGCCUUCGCGGUGCUCAUAAACGCGGCCCGAACGAAAUUUUCAUACGACUCGCAAGGCUAUCAAAAGCAUACUGGGGGCACCGGACAAGGAAGCAGCAAUGUGCAACUCCGAACAAUCGGCAGCAUGAGAGCACGUGAGCGCAAUCAACAUUUGGGCUUGGAGACGACGGACCUGCACUGGGCAGGCGCACACAGUAGUCAGGAGCAGUUGAGAACAACACACGAUGGUAUUCUUGUCUCGACUACUGUGACGCAAAAGGACGGCACGGGCUUUGCGGUCGAUAGUCGAGAGCGCUGAGACCACAGUCGCACUUUCAGUCCGGGAGCCGGACGCGGAUUGACGUCGUAAUGCAGAAAUCUAGGCGUGAGGACGCAGGAACUCGACGUCAAAACCUGACAAUGAUAAUACCUCGAGACUGCACCUUUUCCCCUCAGCAAACGCCGCCUUUCCAAUGCACAUGGCACGAGAAAUCGCGAAACCCGCACUAGCAACAGCGCUCUUAAGUCCUCUCGCGCCCUCGAUGCCAUCAACCUGAAUCACCGUCUCCUGCGUUCUUCUCUCCUUGUUUCAGAAGAGAAAACAUACCACCCAAGACUACCUACUACAUACCGCAUCAUGCCCCUUAAGCAUUCAGCCUGAAUCUCCAUCUCCGUCACUCUCCUCCC